GCUCUUUUGGCUGGAGGAGGAAAUGCGCAGUACAUUGCCGUACCUGGCAGUCAGCUCAUGCCGAUUCCCCCUGGUAUGACAGAUACCAAUGCUGCUGCCAUCCCUGAAGCCUGGCUCACCGCUUACCAGCUCUUGCACUUUGUGGGGAAGGUCCAGAAAGGGGAGAAGGUGUUGAUACAUGCGGGAGCUAGUGGUGUUGGCACUGCCGCCAUCCAGCUGUGCCGUUUGGCUGGAGUGGUACCAAUGGUGACGGCUGGUACGGCUGAAAAACUUGAGUUUACCAAGAAACUCGGAGCUGCUUCUGGAUUCAACUACAAAGAGGAGGACUUUGGCACUAAAUGUCUGGAGGCCACAAACAAUGUUGGGGUCGAUAUUAUAUUAGACUGUGUUGGGGCAACACACUGG